AAUUCAGUUGAGAGUCAUUAGCUACCUUUUGAUUUAUUGUGUGGACUUUGCCACCAUAAUGUUUCAUUCCGAUGGAGGAUUAUCUAAGCCUCCUGGAGAAGUGAUUGAGCAAACGAAAAAACAAAUUUUGAAAGGCUUAAACGGGAGAAACUGUAAAUAUAUGCCAUUGAGCUGUUCGACAGAGACGGUCACUCUUUGUAAUAACACGGAGUUUAUGGAGAAUGACGUAAAAGUUAUAAACACAACAUGUAGUUCUUCUUCGGAGGAGUUGAAUGCAGUUACGACAUUUGCAAAUCUUGAAAAUGCCAUUGAAUCGAAAGUCUCUGAAUUCUUUAAUACAAACUGUAAGGAUGGAUUGUGUUCGGUGCAUAAUAAAAAUGAUGAUAAGGCGUUUGGUGACACAUUCAGAUGUGUUGAAGUGAAGCAAGGCAUAUAUAAUUGUUUUAUUUCUGUGAUCCAUUCACGAAGACGUAUCUACUUUCACCUGUGGUUACGUAUAGCUAUGGAUUAUCGAUCUGCACGUGUUCUACGCACCUUUUAUCUGCUUAAGUCAACUUUAAUUCUUUGGAAAUCUGAGUUGAACUCUCGAAUUUCGCUUAGAUUUCACGAGAAGAAAGCCAGAAAUCAUUAUUGUGCUACAUUGAAGACUCGAACAUUAAUCGCCUGGAUAUUACACACAAGAAUAAGACGAUCGAAAAAUGCCUUGAAGGAUACAGCAAAGGCAUAUUACCGUCAACAGGUAUUUGUAUAUUAUAUAAAUUUAUGGAAGAGAAAUUAUUAUCUAACCGGUGAAUCAACCAGUGAAAAGCAUCUUUUAUCUGCAGCCAGAGCACAUAAUCGUCGACAGCUUUUAAAUAAAGCUUUAUCUAUUUGGGCGUUGAGAACACAGAUAUGGCGGAGGAAACGGGUGCUACGUGAAACUGCACUAGACUUCAUGCAUAACAGACUAAAUAAAAAUAUGAUCAAUACAAUAUUUCAACAAUGGUAUCAACAGAUUGUAGAUAUUGACACAGCAAAGAAGUAUAACAGGUAUAGAAUUUUGAAAUCAUGUUUAAAAAUCUGGUCAACUCUAAGUGAACUAAGUAUUGCCGAUCGUCGAAUGCAAUGUAGUGCACACAAUCUACAUGUACGAUCAAUACGUCAACGAUAUUUCACCUUAUGGAUUAAUUAUACAGUGACAAAGAGGCUGAUAAGAAAGUCAACAGAAAUAGCAAUUAAGCAUUACAAAAUGAAUCAAAUGAAAAAGUGUUUUCAUGGCUGGAUAUUGUACCAUUGCCAAAUUGUUGAUCGUCAGAAUAUAGUCGAGUGCAUUGUUAUGAAGCGACAACACUGCCUACUUGAACAAUGUUUAAUGAAAUGGAAAGAUUUUACUACAACGAAACGCCUAUUACUACUGAAAUCCUCUGAGUAUAUAAGUAGUCAAAAUAAUAAACUGUUGAAGGAGUUUUUUCAUCGUUGGGUGAAUAACCUUCAUGAUAAAAAAUCACAAGAAAUUACUAUCAAUAAUUUUCACAGAUUGAAAACUGUACAAUACUUAGAAAAGGUUUUCACCUCAUGGUUCAAAUGGUCGCGUAUUCAUCGAAAGCAUCGUGUACAAACACAAGCUCUUGUUAAUCAAGGCGUACAGUCUCUACGUAUUCCCCUAACUCAGGUGUAUUAUAACCAUUGGAAAUCUGUAUAUAAAUACUACCUAAACCAUCGGCUGGCACAAAGAUUUCAUUCUCUGCAUCUACUUGUCCAGUGUUUCAAUGGUUGGUUGGCAUAUUCCAGAUGGAGAAAAAAGAAACUUAAGCUGAAAUAUGAUGCACACUGUUUCAGCAAUCAAAGAAUACAGAAACACGUCUUAAAUCAUUGGCGUUUAAAAUUAAUUGAGAAAAAGAAUACACAAACUUUGGAAUCCAUUGCUUUGCUUCGUUGGUCAUUAUGCUUACAAGCACGUGUAUGGAAAGCUUGGCGUCUAUGGAUUGAAUGGAGGCAUGAAAAAGCGCAGAGACGUAAACUUGCUGCACAACGAUUUAUUGACCGUCAAACUGUUGACGCUUUACGUAUGUGGAUUUCAAUUGCACUGAAUAAACGUCAUAAAAGGCAUAUGGAAUAUUGUUCAAAAUUUUGGAACAACAAUACUCGUCUGUACAACUUGAUUCUCCGUGUCGGUACACAUUGGUAUUGGCGGACUUUUUCAAAACGUCGUCAUAACAACGGUGACAACAACAACAACAGUAACAACGAUCUUGUUGAAACAUGUACAGAUAGUGCUUAUGAUGCUGUUUUACAAUUAUCUGAUAAUUGUCACAAUAAUCAGUUCACAAAAUAUAAUAUAUUUAAUGAAAAUAUUCAUGUAGUCAAUGGAAAUAUUAAUAAUAACAAUAACAGUUAUCUGAAUAAACUACAAAGUUAUGAACUGACACCACCACAAUAUCCAGAUUUUAUUCUGUCAGAAAUUGAAUCAAUCGAAGUAUCAACUCAUGAGGAAUUUCCACCUAUAUCGGCACACACUUCUGCAUUUGAUGACCAGUCACAGUGUGAAUUAAAAGAUGAUAAAGAAAUAGGACUCUCCACUUCUGAUUCUCGUGUUAACUUCAGUGGAUCCGAUGUGAACAGAAUCAAUUCAUACAUGAACCUGUUAGAGGAGAAAAUAUCAUCGUAUAAGAUGAUGAAAACUAAAUAUGAGAUCAUGUGCAAACGUGUAGAUUUACAAGGGAAACUGAAAAUCAUCAUAAAGAGGCGGUGAGUAACAUUCAUUUAAUAUAUUCAUAAUUGGUUUUUUCUUCUAGCAUAUCGAAACUGUAUCUUUAAAAAAUUGUAUAAAAGUCGAAAAAUCUGCCUGCUUAUCAAUUAUCAAAGAGCUCCGACUUCUUCUUGGUGGACAGGGAUCUCCAUCAACAACAACAACAAUCGCAUAAUAUCGACAGUUUUAAUUUAUUAUAUAUGUUUUGUUAUAUAUGUAUAUUUUUU